UCUUUAUCUUCUUCCCCAAUUCCCAGUCUCACCUCUCCUCUGAAAUUCAAAACCUCCAUUUUGCUCUCUGAAAACCUUAAAGUUCAAACCUUUAUUGGCUCUAAGAAGUAGAAGUGAUUUCUCUCAUCUGUUUUGAGCACUGGUUUGACGGGCAGAGCAACAACUCUGUACCAAGACUAAAAAGAGGAGCAGACGCGUUUGAAGUCGUGGUAAGAUGGAUAAGGAAUAUAAUUUCCAGAUCCUAUUACCAGAUGGCACAAGCAUCCGUUUGAAAUUGCAAAAUCCUGAGCCAAAAAUGCCAUUCAGAGAUUUCAUUCAAAGGGUGGAAAAGGAAUACGUCCGCACUUGGAAACAAUCAGGCUCGCUGAAGCGGAAACGGGAGAUUAACUGGAAAGGUGGUAGCUUUCUUCUUGUAGAUGAUGAUGAUAUGAAGAUACAAAAAGUAGUGAAUUUCAAGAACUUCAACCCAAUAAAGUGUCACAGACUGAGGCUUCAAGAUGGUCUUCAGGAGAGUGCUACUACUUUUGAGAACAUGUGGGAUCUGACACCUGAUACUGAUAUACUAAAGGAACUACCCCAUGAGUAUACAUUUGAGACUGCUCUGGCAGAUCUGAUUGAUAAUUCUCUGCAAGCCGUAUGGUCAAAUGAAAGGAGAGAUGUUAAACAUAUAAGUGUGGAUGUUGACGAUGAUAUGAUCUCAAUUUUUGACACUGGUCCAGGGAUGGACGGAAGUGGUGAAAACUCUAUAGUGAAGUGGGGAAAGAUGGGUGCUUCACUUCACCGAUCGUUUAAGGAACAGGCAGUAGGGGGUAAACCUCCGUACUUAAAGCCAUAUUUUGGAAUGUUUGGAUAUGGUGGACCUAUAGCCUCCAUGCAGUUGGGGAGGUAUGACUUCUCUGAAAACUCUCCUCAAUCUGGGUUUCUUUUGCAGUGUUGAGUUGGACCCUUGAGAAUUACUCAAUCAUGUUACAGGCGUGCAUUAGUUUCUUCUAAGACAAAGGAUUCAAAGAAAGUUUAUACCUUGAAUCUUGAUAGAGAUGCUUUACUGAGUCGGUCUGAUUGGAAGACUGGUGGUAGCAUGAGGGAUCCAGCAAAGGAUGAGAUAAGCAGAACGCCACACAGAAGCUUUACUAAGGUUGAAAUCUCUGAACCUAAAUUAAAACUGGACACAACUCAACUCCAGUGCAAGCUGAAGGAUAUAUAUUUUCCAUAUAUUCAGUAUGAUGAAGAUACAAAGUCAGGGAAGACCAUAAUGCCAGUCAAGUUUGAGGUCAAUGGUAUAGAUUUGGCUGAGAUUCAGGGUGGUGAAAUUGCAAUUACCAACUUGCAUUCCUGCAAUGGUCCUGAUUUUGUUUUACAGCUUCAGUUCUCCUGUAAGCAAGAUAAUAUAAGUAAAUGUAAAUCUCCAGAUUCAACAUAUGCCAAAGCUAAUGCUCGCCUGAAGUGCGUUUAUUUCCCUAUUGUUAAGGGAAAAGAGAACAUUGACAGAAUAUUGGAGGGUUUAGAAUUUGAGAAAGAAAAUUUUGAGACCUUCAGUCGUGUCUCUAUUCGGAGGCUUGGCCGCCUGCUUCCUGAUGCUCGUUGGGGUUUGCUUCCUUUCAUGGAUCUCAAGCAAAGAAGAGGAGAUAUGGCACAAUUGUUGAAAAGAUGUUGCAUGAGAGUUAAAUGCUUUAUAGAGACUGAUGCUGGUUUCAAUCCAACAUCAUCGAAGACUGAUCUAGCACACCAUAGUCCUUUCACAACUGCAUUGAGGAAUUUUGGCAAUAAGCCUCUUGAGAACGAGGAUGACAUGAAAGUUCAAAUUUAUAAAGAUGGAAACACGCUAAAUCCUUCUCAACUAAAGAAGGACUAUGAGGAUUGGAUAGUUCAGAUGCAUGCUCGGUAUGAUGAUGAUGAAGCUGAUUGUGGUGAAGACCAACCAGUCUUUGUUGUCAGUCCUGCAAACAAAAAAGCACUUCGUAUUUCAUCUGAAGUUGCAAGGUUGCAUAAAUCUAUAACAAGGAAUGGAAGGACCUGGAAGCAUGGUCAAAGAAUUAAAAUUUUUAAGGGAGCAUGUGUUGGGGUUCAGAAGAACAAUGUUUAUGCGACAAUUGAAUACUUUUUGCUUGAAGGUCUGCAAGAUGAAUCUGGUGGUGAGGCUCGAAUUAUAUGCAGGCCUUCAAGUCUGUCAGAUGAAAAGGGGUGCAUCCUUUCAGUCAAUAAUGGGGAUACUAAUUUGGAUAUGGGUGAAUCCUUGUCUAUACCACUCAGUGUGAUUGAUGCUGGAAAGUGCAUAGCUGUUGAAAGAACUGAGUGGGAAAACCAUAUAGAGAGACGACGCCAGAGAUCUCCUUCUACAAUUGAACUUCUUGAUGCAGAACAAUGCCAAGAGUUGGAGGUUGAUGGGGCAUUACCUGUGCAUGCUCAAGCUGGAAAAGUUCCUCCAGAAGAAAUUGUGGCCAUUGUACGACCCGGCAAUUAUGUCUAUUCCAGUUCUUCAAAAAGCCUGGAUCAGAAGUACAUCGUCAAAAGUAAUUUAGAAAUGUCUAUGGAAGUUAACUUCAGAGAUGAUGCCAAGGAACUUCAAAAUGUUCGUCAUAUUUUUUCGGUGCGCGUAGGACCUAAGUCGCUUAAGGGAUUUCAGGGGUUAUAUGUUUUUCCGGUUAAACGCAAGCUGUCCGGUUUCUUUCGAAGUGCUGGUUUCUAUACAUUCUCAUUUCAUCUUAAUGAGUCAGACUGUAAGAGUGCUGAGAGAAAAGUACAAAUCAAGCCAUCUUCUAAGGUUGGAAAGUGGGUCCUUCUAAACGAUGAUCAGCCUCCACUGUACCGAGUGAGAGUUGGUUCAGUAUUUCCACCUCUCUCUAUAGCAUGUUACGAUGUAUAUGACAAUCAAAUUCCAUUUGCAACUACUCUGGAAGUCGCGGUGAAAGUUCAGACAAAUGAGGGUGUGCUUUUCCAUGUAGAGAAAUUCAAAAAAAAACUUUCAACCCAUACUUUGACAGUAAAGGAUAUGCUGAUGGAGAGCAGCGAGUUAGACAAAAUUCGUCCUACAUAUGAAGCUACUUUAGUUGUAUGUACAGAAGAUGACAAAUUUUCAGUUUCGGUUCCAUGCGAAGUUAAUCCUGGACCUCUACAGAUUGUUAAGGCUAUUCCUCCUACUCUUGAAAACCAAGUGCUUCCAGAUUACACUAUUCAGGAGUUUAUUUUAGAGAUGUUUGAUCAAUAUGGCAAUCACGUAAUAGAAGGCACUGAAGUUCAUUUGAAUGUGGAGGGCUUUUCUAUUCAAGAUCGAUUUGGUACAGCACGUACGGCUGAUCAUCAUGGAUGCAUUGACCUUGGUGGCCUCUUGAAAGUGACUGCAGGUUAUGGGAAAAGUGUAUCAAUUUCUGUCUACUCCAACAAUGAUGUUUUACUGAAUCUUCAGUCUCAAACUGAGAAAAGGGUGUUGAUAAUUUCAUCAAAGGUGCCUGAUGUUUGCAUGGCUGGUACUCAAAUGGAAAAUAUGGUUUUUGAAAUUGUCAACUCUGAUGGUGUUGUUGAUGAUACUAUUCAUCAUGACGAGAAAAGUGGCCAAUUACAUAUGCUUACAAUAAAGGCCGGUUCAUCAUUCAUGGAGGAAUCCCUUCGAUACACAUUCAAGCAUGGCCGCUGUACUGUUCCGGCUAUUUUUGUUCCUGAAGUUGAAGAGAGUUUUAACUUUGUAGCUGCUCAUUCAUCACAUCCAGAACUGCAUCUGAAUGUGAAGGUUCCUGUAGUGCAAGCUCCAAAAGAGAAAUAUGAUCAUCCUCUCAUAAAAACAGAGAAGCAUGAUGAGACUCCAAUUCCGUGGGAGGUUUCUCCACUCCGAGAGUCACCGCUCCGAGAGUCACAGCAGCAAGUAGGAAACUUAAUGGUUCCAAAAGUGGAGCAUCAAGAGUUUCAAUCCCCAUGUACUAAUGGAAAUGCAUCGCUUCUUCCAGAUUCUUCUUGCCUUCUGCAAGUAGAAAACUUUAAGGAACUGGAGAAUGACAUCCGCAAACAUGGAAUACGCAUUGGAGAUAUGGAAGAAAAAUUGGACAUUCUAAAGAAAGAGAAGGCAAAAGUGAAGAAAGAGCUCAUUGAUUUGCAAGGGUCUAUUGAACCUCACAAAGAGGAAUCGAUAAACUGCAUAGAAAGGAUGAGUAACACUGCAGCUGCUCUCAUUUGUACUCUAUCUAGAGAAGUUUCAUUUGAAGAGGCAAACAAUCAUUUCAUGGGAGAUGUGAUUGGUUUGGUUGCUCUACUUGGUACAGUUGGUACUAGUAAUCUAAGCAGGAUAUUGGCUGAAUACUUGGGUAAAGAUCAGAUGCUUGCAAUUGUCUGUAGAUCCUUUGAAGCAGCUGGAGCUCUUGAGAAGUUUGUACAGAGUGAUUAUGGGGAAGUUGAUUCUAUGCAUGCGCUCUGUGAACCAGCUCUACUUCAGAGACCUACACAUGGUCGAUCUUUUGUUAUAUGUCUGGAAGAUAUAAGGCCUUACACUGGUGAUAUCAACGGCAGUGACCCUCAAAAGAAACUGGCGUUGCCAGAUCCUGUCUUGCCAAGUGGAAUGGCUCCUGAUGGUUUCUUAGGACAUGCAGUCAAUAUGGUUGAUCUGGAUAGCCAUCAUUUACAGACGGUGACAUCUGCAGGCCAUGGUCUCAGGGAGACAGUAUUAUAUUGUCUUUUCGGCGAGCUCCAAGUGUAUAAAACCAGGGAAGAUAUGUUGGCUGCUCGUGCUUGUAUUAAACAUGGUGCUAUUUCUCUGGAUGGAGGAAUUUUGAAACAGAGUGGAGUAACCUCUUUUGGAAUCGGGGAGCCAGAAAUAUGUUUUCCGGUAGCAGAAAGUCUGGCACUUUCGACAUCAACAAAUUUUGUUGAAGUUGAGCAGCUGAUCAAGGAGAAGAAGUCAAAGUUGACGAUGAUCGAUUGUUGUAUGGAAAAAGUGACCAAAAUCCAUCGGAGAUCAUUAAAGAAAUUCAAGAAGUCAAAGAAGAAGGGACACAAGCUGUUGGAGAACAUCCGCUCCACCCAAAAAGAUUCUCCAAGUCCGAUGAAAGAAGGGAGAGAGCUCGUAAAAGCUAGCAGCUCUCAAAGUGCGCUUUCCUGGGGUUACAUGGAAGUGAUGGAAUUAGUGUCUUAUUUACCAUGUGCUUCUAGAGAUGUUUCUAGUUUUGGUAGUAUGAACUUCUCUCCUCCCCCCUUUAAUAGCCUAAAAUUUCAGUUGAAGAAGAAAGAGAGAGCGAGUCAGAGAGCGAGAGCUGACUCACUGAGUCAACUCGGAAGAAGAAGAAUCAAGAUGUUCCAACCCAACAACAACAACCAGCUUCCAAUUAAGUCAUUACCUAUUCAAGAUCCAUCAGCACUGAUGCAAGUGGAUAAAAAAGAAACUAGCAUAGUCUUGAAGGAUGAAACGCAAAACGGAGGAUUCGCGCAAGCAGAAUCUAUCAUCUUCUACACUAAGAGACUUCAAGAUGAUUUGCAUGAUAUGGGGUUGAAAGUAAAACUGCAUGAGGAGAACAUGAAACUUCUGAGGUCUCAGAAAAACAAAUUAGAAGAAUCUAUUCUUGAUCUGCAAGUUAUGUUAGGCAACUAUCAUUCCACAACCACAACUACUACUGCAAAUGAUAACCACAGUCAGGAGGAAACAAUUAAAAAGAUUCUUCAGUGCGAGAAGUCAGCUGCAGGCAUUUUAUGGCAGCUGAAAGCUCGUCAUGGUAAUCAGGAUGCGGAUCUUCCCCUGACCAAGGAUAUUGUGGGUAUUGUUGCGAUGCUUGGGAAAGUAGAUGAUGAUAAUCUUAGCAGGCUUUUGUCAGAGUACUUGGGACUGGAGACUAUGUUAGCAAUUGUCUGCAAGACUUAUGAUGGUGUCAGAGCUCUAGAAUUGUAUGACAAUGAAGGUUGCAUAAACCUGAAUUCCGGUCUUCACGGGCUUGGUACUGCUAUUGGGAGGAAAUUGGAAGGUCGGUUUCUGGUCAUUUGUCUUGAAAAUUUAAGACCAUAUGCUGGUGAGUUUGUACAUAAUGACCCCCAACGGAGGCUUGAUAUUCUAAAACCAAGGUUGCCGAAUGGGGAGUGUCCACCUGGAUUUCUUGGCUAUGCUGUAAAUAUGAUCAAUGUGGAUAGCACAAAUUUAUUUUGUCUCACAGCCAGUGGACACGGCCUGAGAGAGACUCUACUUUAUAGCCUCUUUUCUCGCUUGCAAGUGUAUAAAACAAGAGCAGAUAUGGUAUCUGCUCUUCCUUGUAUAACUGAUGGAGCCAUUUCUGUAGAUGGUGGGAUGAUUCAGAGGACUGGUGUGUUUUCCCUUGGCAACAGGGAAGACGUAGGUAUGAAGUUUCCAAAGCUCUCAGUGGCAUCAGGCCUGCCCGAAAGCUAUCUAGAAACAGAAAGACAAAUCAAUGAGUCGAAAUGGAGAAAAGAAAAAUUGAUUGAAGAUACGAAGAGAGAACAGGCAUUAUGGGACAAUGCAAAAUUCAAUUUUGACAGAAAGAAAAAAGAGUUCCUCAAGUUCCUGGCUGAUAGUUCAUCUUAUGCAACUCAGGCAGCUCAGCAUCAAAUUAUGGGGGCGCAGAAUAGAUUUACCUCGAGCUGACGAGUACAUUGAAGAAACAAGGCUACCAACAAACGAUUGAAAAGGGGCAGCCUUCAGAAAUUUGUCUAGUUGAUCGUUGGGCUGAUACUCCAUCUGUCUUGUGAAAGCAAAAACAUGCGUUCACGAGUGGAGUGAGAGUAGAAUUAGAUUCAGCUUCUUAGGUCACUUGGUCCUCAAUUUUUUCCUGACUUUUGUGGAUAAAUUGUAUGCAUUAGUCCAUUCCAUUCCAUUCCAUUCAAACGCUACCAUUGAAUCUUUGUAGUUUUCUUUUACAAGGUUGUAGUGUAUUUUAUUUGCUUCUUUCUUCCAA